AUGAUCAAGUUUAUUUACUCCUUAGUCUUGAUUACAUUUGUGGCCUCGGAAGCUCUGAAUAGUGAGGAGCAAAAAGAACUUCUUGAUUUCCACAACAUUAAAAGGGGAUCUGUAAAACCUUCCGCUGCCAAUAUGUUAGAAAUGGUGUACAGCAAAGCGCUGGAAAAUCUGGCAGUUGACUGGGUAGCGAGGUGCAAGUUUGAACACCCAAAUUGGAAGGAACAUCCGAAAUACAGUGGUACCGGACAGAAUCUUGCCUUGUCUGGAGGUUCAAGACGCAAUUUGGUCGCACAGGCAACUGGGUGGUGGAACGAGGUUGCAUAUUACACAUAUGCAAACAACACAUGUGCAUCUGGUAAAGUCUGUGGACACUACACCCAGGUGGUCUGGGCAACGUCUGAAGAGCUUGGGUGCGCUGUUAAACGGUGUGAUAAUAUAAAACCAGACUGGCCAAAGCCGAUAUUCCUAAUGGCGUGCCAAUAUAAACCACCGGGUAACUUCGCACAUACAAAACCUUAUAAAGAUGGUGCUAGUUGCAGUCAAUGUCCACAUGGAACUACGUGUGUAAACAAACUUUGUUCCAAGAGAGGUCCUCAAACAACGACUACAACGACUGCACCGAGUAAACCCAGUACAACGAAGUCGUCUAAUACAUCGGGUACAACAUCCACCUCCUCUAUCACUUGGGUGGGAGGAACGGCCUUGUUUGCUACAAUUCUGGUUUAUGCUUUCGCCUAA